AUCCAUUGAAGUAUGUGUGUUAUUGGAACAAAUGCAAAGCCAUUUUAACCUUUUUUGUGAUGUCUAUCUUGAAAUACAUUGCAGUACUGGGAGACAAUCUUUACUGUGAAUUAAGUGGAAAAUGGCUGAAAAUGAAGGGGAAGGUGGCAAAACAAUAGGUGAAUAUUAUGGUGAAAGGAAUGACAAGAGCGAACGUCACGGACAGGGAGUUGCCCAACUACCAAAUGGUGACAUCUAUCAAGGGAUGUACAGAAGGGGUAAACGUCACGGAGAUGGUCUGUAUGUGUUCCGCAACGGUGCACGGUAUGAAGGAAAGUGGCGCAAUGGGCAAAAGCACGGCAUCGGAACUUUCUACUAUCCUGAUGGAUCAAAAUAUGCAGGUGAAUGGUCUCACGACAAGAGGUUCGGGUACGGAAUAUAUUACUACCCAAACGGAGACACAUACGCUGGAUCGUGGAAGAAAGGCUUGCAAGAAGGCACCGGAGAUUACACGUACAAGGCCUUAGGGACAAAGUUCAUAGGAACUUGGUCCGGUGGUCAGAUGAAAGGCCCAGGAAGACUGAUUAGACCAAUGAGCUGCUAUCACGGAUCCUGGGAAAAUAAUCUGCCCAAAGGACCUGGCGUGUUCACGUUCGGCCUCAAGCACAUGCAGCACGGCUACUACCGCCACAUAGUCGACCCAAAGUCGGAUGUUGAACCAACAGGUCUGGGCGAAGAAGACAGCGAAGAUGUGAACAAGGUGCCUCCCAGUCUGAUUCCUGUCUGGAGAGCUGAAAAGGUGACUAAAUAUCUACCUCAGCUGUUGCCUCCUGCACCUCAGCCUGUGAAGAUGGUUGAUUCUGUGGAGAGUGUCGUAGAAGAGGAGGCUGCUCCUGAAGUCCAGCCUUCGACCGAGGCAGAGCCCAAGACUGAUGAAGAGCCUUCCAAUGAGGCAGAACCUAUGACUAUCGCUGAGCCUUCUGCGGCAGAGAACACAGCCGAGGAAGACACUUCACCCAAAAGGGAGUCACAACAGCAGCCAGCAGUAAAAUAAAACCCUUCUUGAGUGUCUACUUAUUAAAUACCCACCCAGAACAACUGUUUGGAGUUAAAAACCACUAGUUAAAAAACAAUGUAAAUUAUUUCAAAGUGAAAACCUUACAUGUGUUAUUUAUGAGCAUAGCGGUAUGUACAUUAAUUAAAAAACUCAAAUCAUUUUUGAGUUUCAGGUUUGGAAAUAAAGUAAAUGUUCUUUA